CGUAGUUUUUCUUCUUGUUUGUUUAUUAAUUUUGGAACGAAAGAAGCCAAAAGAAAGGGAAAAAAAAAAUACAUAUAUUUCAUUUCAUUUACUUUAUUCCUUUUUUUUUUUUUAAUUAUUAGUAUUUCCUUACUUCCACACGUAUCAAACCAAAAAACGAGUCCUGAAAAGUACUGGAAGAAGGAACCCAAACUUCGUCAUUAAGAUUGAAAUCGUCGAUAAUUAUCGAAUGACAUAAUCAAUCUGUUCCUAUAUCCUACAACUAUAAAAACCUAAAAAAAAAAGCUCAGGAGAAAAGAUGAAGAGAAUCUUAAUCUAUUUCUUAAUCGCAGCAGUAUCAUUUUCGUGCUUUUCCUCUAUUUCAAUGGCUGAAUCCCAAAACCCAUCAUCCUCUGAAGCUAAAGUUCACAUCGUUUAUACGGAGAGACCUCAGGAUCAGGAACCCGAAGCUUACCAUGUCCAGACCCUUUCCAAUGUUCUGGGCAGUGAGGAGGCUGCAAAAGCUGCGCUGAUUUACAGUUACAAGAAUGCCGCCAGUGGAUUCUCUGCUAAGCUGACUGAUGAACAAGUUGCUGAGAUUUCAAGUGAGGAUCUUGUUUUACUUGAUUUUAUAUUUUCUGUCUGUUUGAUUAUGAUGAGUUUCUUUUGUUGAAUUUUGGAUUAUUGCAAAAAAUCGAUGUCUGUGUUGUGGUGGUUCUGUUUUGGAGAGUAUUGGUUUGAUUCUGUUUUAUAGAUCAUUUACAUUUGUUUUGUUCAUUGGGCUUGGUUCUUUGAUGAUUAUCUGUUUUUAAACCAAUAAAGCAAUUGGGGUAUGAGAUAGAUGGUUGAAGUGUUGGUGAAUAUGCAAUUUGUUUGCAUUAGAGUAGGGAUUCCUGUUUGUCUAACCGGUUGUUGCGUCAUUAGUAAUCUUCAUUGGGAUUUUCCUGUUUUUCGUGUAAUCUAGGCACAUUUCUUUCUUGUUAGCUACUUGUACAUCUAUCUGGCUUCCUUUAGUCACCCAUCCAGAAGAAAGAUUUCUUGCAGCACUUACAUCUUCGUUGUUUCUUAUCAGAGAUACUCUUUCCAUUGAGGAACAAUUCUAUUCAUUUGGGUUAUGUGGUCGUAACUACUAUCAUCACUUAACUAGUGUGUCCAUGAAAAUAUGGUCCUACUCUGUUAUCUGGAGAACUUUUAUUUCUUGAAAUUUUACCUCAGGAGAAUUGUGAAGUUCUGGAGAAUCUUUUUAUCUCUUUAAUUAACUGGGGCUGACUCUCUCAUUAGAUUUCUGGCAGAACAUUAUUGGAUACAAUCAAGUCUAUUAUGUUGCCGGUUGAUCAUUUUCCUUUGUUCUUGAUUAAUAGUUUGUGUCUUUUUGUGCUGCUCUAUUCUUUUUUACGACCAUCUAUUCGGUGCAUCUUUUAUGUAGGUCAUUACAUACAAUGCAUGCUAAAACAACGAGUAAAAGAAUUUUUAACGUAUACUCGUAUGGAUCUGUUUUAUGGACACUGUUGAGCUUUGGAUUAAAAAUUUUCCUGGAAGUUAUUGAAUUCCUUCUACAUGUCACCUCACCUUCACACCAAAGUGCGUCUUUUUACGGCUGCAUUCUGUGUGCUUGCUAUCUCUUUAUCUUGUUUCAUCUUUUCAGCCAUCUGGAUUUCAGCUUGACAUACCUACUUGGCUGGUAGCCAAUUAUCUCAAUGAGUCUUUGUCUUGGUUUCUUUCCCACUUUUCAUGUAUGUCUUGUCUUGCAACAUGGACAAACUCACUGGAAGUUUGUUUUAUUGGCAAAUAGUGUUCGAACUUGUAAGCUAAGAAGCUCUGUUUCAAAUGAGAAUGAUCUCGGUCUAAACUCGUCAUUUGCAUAGUGUUAAUGCUUGUUGAACUGUAACAUAGAUUGGUGCGAGCGAAGUAGGAAAUUAGUUCCAUUUUUUUUGUACCUGCUAUUGUUCUGUUCUGCGCUGGUCUGGUGACUGAUUUGCUUUGAGGAUUUUUUGCUUUGGUUGGUGUUACUCAAAAGGCUGAUUUGUUCCAUAAUUUGACAGAACAACCUGGGGUUCUUCAAGUCGUCCCAAGCCGAACACUCCAGCUUCAUUCUGGACCUGGGAGGAUGAACGUUUGAAGUCUUUCAUGUGUAGCAUUCUCAUGUGUUUUACUUUCGUGGCUCAUGUGAACCGAUAACUUGACAGUUAAACUUUAUGUUGGUUGUGUACAUAAACUUUGAUGAAUUGGUCUUAUAUACCAAUGAAUGUUAGAAGCUCGCCCUCUUUGCAUAGCUGUAAUAAAGAGUGAUAUUUCAGACUAUGAGAAGGUCAUAUUAUGAAUAGUUUCAAUAAAGAGAUGAUUUUCUGGAGUGUAAAUGAAGCUUACAUUGUGAUCUACUGAACCAACCGUCUUACUUCCUCCCUCUCGUAAUGAUUGUCUACAGAUGAGACUGCCAUUUAGGAUGGAGAUUUUACACCUUUGCUGUUGUAUCAGCAUCCUUUUUUUUCUCUCUCGGUUUCAAACGUCUAAAAUUUAGUUGGUUAAAAGUUUUCUCAGCUCAAAAGAAUACUCUUUGAAAAAAUGCCGUUAGGGACGUCCAGUGCUCCUUUUAAAUGCAAUUCUUUUAGUAUUUCAUUCAAGAAUAAUCUUCAAUGAUACAUUUGAAGGGACGUUGAAGAGACGCAGUGAACUUUGAAUUGGUGUUUGCAAACGUAGUCAAAUACUCUUUUGUAAUAGCUACUAGUAAAAUUGUCUUUUCAAACAUUAUAGAUUUGAUGAAAGUUCAACCUUCCACACAAGGUAAUCACUAAUUUUGGGUAAUGAGCUUAUAUUGGUUUCCAAUACAUCAUCUAUAUUGCAAGUAUCUAUUUUUAUUUAGACUUUAGUUAGGACGUAGGCAGCAUGCAUCACUAUUUUUUAAUUGCAUUUCAUAUAUAUG